UCAAGUGAAUCUUUCCUUCAAAACUUAGAAAAAGGUAUAUUUAUUCACCAUGUCGAGGAGGCAAAGCGCGUUGCUGAUGUGAGAGGAGCACAUCAGGGCGGCAUAUGCAAGCGAGGACCACCAGCAGCAUCAUCACCAUCACAAUUAUCAACAGCAACAACAGAAACGAACCGGCACCGACAUGAAGGAAAAAUCGAAAACGGCGGCAAGGACUAGACGGGAAAAGGAGAACAGUGAAUUUUAUGAGCUGGCUAAAAUGUUGCCGCUACCGUCGGCAAUUACGUCGCAGUUGGACAAAGCGUCUAUCAUUCGAUUGACCACCAGUUACCUGAAAAUGAGGAUAGUCUUUCCGCAAGGUUUAGGUGACGCGUGGGGUCAAACAAAUCGAACGAGACCGUUGGAUAAUCUUGGACGUGAGCUGGGCGCUCAUCUACUACAGACAUUGGAUGGCUUCAUAUUCGUUGUGGCUCCAGAUGGGAAAAUAAUGUACAUUUCAGAAACGGCGUCCGUGCAUUUGGGACUAUCGCAGGUAGAGUUGACCGGAAACAGUAUUUAUGAAUAUGUGCACCCCGCUGACCACGACGAGAUGACAGCUGUACUGACGCCCCAUCAGCCCUACCACUCCCAUUUUGUACAAGAAUAUGAAGUGGAGCGCUCUUUCUUUCUGAGAAUGAAAUGUGUGUUGGCUAAAAGAAAUGCAGGGCUCACCAGUGGUGGAUAUAAGGUGAUCCACUGCAGUGGCUACCUGAAGAUCCGUCAGUACAGCUUGGACAUGGCCCCCUUUGAGGGCUGCUACCAGAACGUGGGCCUGGUGGCGGUGGGGCACUCGUUGCCCCCCAGCGCCGUGACCGAGAUCAAACUACACAGCAACAUGUUUAUGUUCAGAGCCAGUUUGGACAUGAAGCUCAUCUUUCUGGACUCCAGGGUUGCCGAGCUGACGGGUUAUGAGCCGCAGGAUCUGAUUGAGAAAACUCUGUACCAUCACGUACACAGCUGUGACAUCUUCCACCUCCGCUGCGCCCAUCACCUUUUGCUGGUAAAGGGCCAAGUCACCACUAAAUAUUACCGUUUCCUAGCCAAGCACGGCGGAUGGGUGUGGGUGCAGAGCUACGCCACCAUCGUCCACAAUAGCAGGUCAUCGAGACCCCACUGCAUUGUCAGUGUCAACUACGUCCUCACGGACACGGAAUACAAGGGAAUGCAGUUGUCCCUGGACCAAAUGUGCCCCACCAAGCCGGCCUUUCCUUACACCGACAGUCUGAACGAGGAGAGGAAGAGCACAAAGUCACGUCUGACGCAGUCAAAAGCGAAAGCCAGAGUGUCGCCCUACCCACAGCAGUUCUCGGCUUUCAAUCCAGAGCGCUCGGAGUCAGACCAAGACAGCCAAUGGGGAGGAAGCCCCCUGACGGAGGCCGCCUCGCCUAAAUUGUUGGAUCCGGGCGAGGCCGCCGAGGCAUCGUGCGCCUACCGGCUCUACCCGGACUCUGGCUCCCUGUGCUAUGGCUUGGGUCUUCUGGAAGAGGACCUCGCUCACGCCCAGACCCGUCCUCACCCGUCCGCGUGCGAUCGGGUCCGAUGUCCGAGCGGACGAUACUUCCUGGGUGCCCCCCAGUCAGGAAGAGAGGUGUGGUGGGACGCCACCCGCUCCGUGCUGGCCCUUCCGAAAGCAUCUGCGGAAAACGGCGAGGGCUACGAAAUCACGUCCUACCACGCCGCCUUCCACGGGAGAGGCCACUGGGAUGAAGACAGCAUCAUGAGUUCACCGGAUGGCGGCGGGUCCACCAGUGAUUCCGGCGAGCGUUACCACGGCGACCAAUUCCAGGCCAGUCCCCGAGAACCCAGUAAAAUGGAGACCCUAAUUCGUGCCACGCAGCAGAUGAUCAAAGAGGAAGAGAACCGUCUUCAGCAGCAAAAACCGACGCUCGACGUCUCCAAGACUCACAGUCCGUGUUUCAACUCGUCGCUCCCGCAUCACUCACAGAUCAGCAUGCCCAGCGUGGUGUGCCGAGGCCCGGGAGCCCCGAGCAUUGAGCUCCCCUCCGAGCGCCUCCACCACCGUGUCAAAGUACCCGGUCCUCUGGACAAUGACGAAAACACAACCAGUCCCGGCUCCCUCUCUCGCCUCAGCAGCCCCAGCUCCGACGUCAUCCCCAGGUCCGGACUCCCCCUCACCAAAGACUACAUGCAGACGGAUCUGUCCCCUCAUCAGUCACAACCUCAAGGGAGCCCUCUGCUCUACCCAUCCCAAGAGAGGCAACCUCUGGAUAGGCAAGCAGCCUACGCAUUGACUGGCUAUUCCCUGGAACACCUGUACGACCCGGAGAGCCUAAGGAGUUACUCCGGACUGGCCUGCGGAGGAGUCCAGUACGACGUGGCGGCUCACAUGAGGAUGCAGGCCGAGCAGAUGCAGGGACACAAGGCCACGUCUGUGAUUAUAACCAACGGGAGCUGACAAUAUCUGAUUCUGAUGGGUCUCUAAGCAAGGGCGCUCCGAGCUCCAGACAGGUGAUCUACAUGAAGGAGCGUUUUAUUUUCCAAGAAUAAUGACAAAGCGAUGCUGGCAGAGCCAAGAGGCAAAGGCCGCCGCUAUUUUUCCACUAGAAGGCAAACGAGUGUUAUUCAAACGGCGGCGAAUGAAUUCCCUUCUUCCUGCAGAGGCGACAAAGGUUCUGGUUAAACAUCAAGCCGGUGUUUGCGGGCGAAAUGUCUCACGCGCAAUUGGCUUCCUUGGUUAAUCUGUCUUGAAUUUCCAUCGGCCGCAUGAGAAUGUGUCGCUCCGUUGCCCCUUGGCCUCCAGCGCGUAAAGACAUAGAAAUAAUGGUUGAGCCAACGUGGGAACGGGCCAGCACAUCCCUGGUGUAAAAUAUCAACGAUUCUUUGUAUUUAUUUGUCGGUGGGCUGUUUCAUGAAGUGCCAUUUAUUUCAUGCUCUUGGUGUUUGACUGACAGCGAGCUGACGGCUUCUGUUUUGUCCAACUUUUUGUUUAUGUAAAUCUCUCUUUGAAAAAAAAAACACCUUGUUUACAUAUCAGGAUCUAAAUGUUUUUACCUCAUGUAGCAUAACACGCUUUAAAUGCCGCUUCACAUGCAAUCUGUUUGUCGUAUGGGGGGAAAAAAAUACGCUGAAUGUUUUCUCUUAUUUAAUUUAUAUUGUAAAUAGCUCACAAUGAAUGAUGGGAGAAGA